ACAUAUAUAGUUAGCUAGUGUAAGAGAUAUUUUCACCAUCAAAUUAAUCAUAUCAUUCAUCAAUGGCGUCUUCAGGUUCAUGGACAGCUAAGCAGAACAAGCUGUUUGAGAAUGCUCUAGCCAUCUAUGACAAGGACAGUCCAGAUCGCUGGCACAACAUGGCCAAAGCUGUUGGUGGAAAAACAGUGGAAGAAGUCAAGAAACAUUACGAGAUGCUUGUCGAAGAUCUCACCAAAAUUGAGACUGGCCAAGUCCCUUUACCAAAUUAUAAAAAGAUCAACAACAAACCUCCAUAUAUCCCAUAUAUGGAGGAAGAACAAAGGUUGAGAAAUCUAAAAAUGCAAUGAAUCUGCUGAUGAUUUUACCCUCGAUUGUAUUAUCCUCUCAAUUCAAGACUCUUCGAUCGAGAGAAGAUGCAAAUAUUGCUUAUUAUUAUUAUUGAUAUUUUCAAGCCAAUACAUAUAAGGGAAGACUGUUGGAAGUCGGCUGGAGUGCUCUUUCUCUUUUGUCAUCUUUUCAUUUUAUAAUGUUCAUAAUAUAUAUAUAUAUAUCUUAUAUUUGUAUGAUCAGAUGAUACAGUAUGCCGAAGAGUUUUCUAUGUAUAUAUAUAUAUAUAUAUGCCGGUUAUGUUUAAUUUAUGUAUGAAUUAUAUAUUUAUUAUAUGUAACCAACUGAAGAAUUUUCAUUAUAUAUUUAAAA